AUGAAGGAAACGUGGUGUUUUCUGCUGGUGUGUCUCUUGAGCAUUGCAAUGUCAGAUGCCCUGACGAUUGGGACGGGCCUCAUCAACCACCAUUCAAGGGCGAUGUCUGCGAACGGCCUGCAGGAAAGGAGGGCCCCGCUCCGGAGGCUGCUAGCCUUCGAUGUGAUACCGCUUGACGCUUUACCACGGGCUCCUGAACGAGAUUGUAGUGUGCAAGCUGCCAAUGUUGUGGCAGCUCUAGGGGUAUCUCAAGACAUGGGUGCAAACACAACUGGUUGCACCAUCAUUGACCACGCGUUUGGAACAUCAUCAGGUCAGAGAAGCAGCAAUUGUCUCUGCUUGGAAUCAGUGCUGGACGAGUAUGAGAAGGCAGCCCCAGGAUUGGCUAAGGUGCUAACAAUAUGCAACUUCUCUGCAACGUACAAAGACUUGCCACUUCGCAAGCAGAGGAACGUGGCGGAUUUCACUUACAAGAUCAUUGCGUUGAGCUUUGCUCUUGUUUGGACGCUGAUUUUUUGCUGGGACCUGCUCUUGGAUGGACACUCGGGAAGCGCCACCAAGUUCUCGGACAUGAGGCUUGCGUUGAUGGUGACCAUUACUUUCUACAUGUUUGAGUUGGCUUACCGGAUCAAGCACGGCGUUCCAGUCAUCCUCCACCACCUAGUCACAGUAGCACUGAUUCUGACCGUCAUCUACACCAUAUAUGACACGCGAGGGACGCUUCAGAGCGCUAUCUUCCUGCGGUUCUCGCUGCUGUGGUUGAUGCACGCCCUUAUCGAACAAGUUACGGACCUUGGGAUGAUCCUAUAUCAUCUGCGGAGCAUCUGGGCUCCACAAGUACUCAAGGUUGCAGCACUCGUCCAUGUCAUUGUACGAUUGGUGGUUCACGCCCUCUCGUGGAUCUUGUACGUUCGUCUAGCUCAAUACCUAUAA